AUGAUUCGCUUUCUUCCGUUUACUAUGGGCUCUGUAUUUUCUGUUGAUAAAAUUGAGGAACCGGUUGGAGAUGAAAAUUAUUAUCAUAUUACACUAUUGACUUGUGAUUUAGGCAAAACAAUAGUAAAUGAAAUGAGAUUAAAAGUUAAAAAAUGUUUGCAGUCCGAUUUAUCCGUGUUGUUGGGAAGAUAUUUAGUCGAAUUAGGUGAAUAUCGUGCUAUUAAAAAAUAUUUAAAAUCAUUAUUAGAGACAAGUAUACUAAAUAAUGAUCCAUCAAUUGCAUCUGUUUACAACUGUUUGGAGAUGAUACACUCUCGACCAGGUUUAUAUGGUGAUGCACUAAACUAUUACAAACAAGCGUUAAGUCAUCAAGCAAGACUCGAUUAUUCGAAUACUAAUGCAUUAGGGGAAAUACAUAAUGAUAUUGGCGAUGCAUACAUUAAGUUGUCCUAUUUAGAUGAAGCGUUUCAACGAUUUAGUGAGGCUGAACGAACGCUAUUACGUGAGCCGUACAUGACCCGAAAGCAUUUUGCAAUCAUUCAAUGUAACAUUGGCUAUGUGUUAAAAGAGAUUACGAUAAAGAAAAGAUAUUUUUUAAAUCGGUUUAUGAUUUAUCUGAAACACCAGGAAAAUGAUUAUCUGAUGCAGUAA